UUAAAUUGAAUUCCAUAUUUUUGUAAUUUUUAGUUUGUUGUCACCAAACAAGUAAACGCUCCAGAAGGCUCUGCUAGAGAGGGUGGUGGCAAAUAAUAAAAGAUCUUAAGUGAGCUCACUCGAGUUUUCAAAUAAGAGAAAAGCUAAAAUAAUCCGACAUGAGUGAGGCUUUGCUUUGGAUUUGGCAGUUUUUAAGAGAUGCGCCAGGAUGCUGGAUGACACGUCUCUUCGGUGGAAAAUGCAGGAGCAAAGCAAGAUUGGAUGGUAAAGUAGCCAUCAUAACAGGUUGCAACACAGGGAUGGGCAAAGAAUACGUGAUGGAAUUUUACAAAAGAGGGGCUCGAGUGAUAAUGGCUUGCCGCAACUUGGAAAAGGCUGAAUCUGCAUCACGCGACAUCCAGGAACAAACCAAAGGAGUGAAAAAUGUCGGUGAGAUCGUCGUAAAAGAGCUGGACCUCGCAAAAUUCAGAUCAAUCCGCAAAUGCGCGGAUGAGAUCUUAGCUUCAGAGGAGAACAUUCAUCUUCUCAUCAAUAACGCAGGCUAUUUUGUGAGCACUCGAGAGCUGACGGAGGAUGGUCACGAGGCACAAUUUCAGACUAAUCACCUGGGUCAUUUCUUAUUCACCAUGCUCUUGUUGCCAAGGAUAAUUAAGUCUGCUCCUGCAAGGAUUGUUACCAUCGCCUCUUUAGCUUAUAUUUGGGGCAAUGGUAACAUGUAUUACGAUGAUAUCACACUCGAGAAAUCAUAUGCACCACUCAGAGCGUACAGCAGGAGUAAACUAGCAAAUAUGUUAUUCUCGGCUGAACUUGCAAGGAAACUAAAUGGCACUGGAGUAACAACCUACAGUGUGCAUCCAGGACUGAUCCGUUCAGGAAUCUUCCAAAAUUUAGACACGGCUCGGUUAUCAAUAUUAAAACGUAUUUUGUUGAGUCGAUACAGCAAUUUAUUUUUCAAAUCACCCCGACAAGCCGCUCAAACAGCUCUUCAUUGCUGUCUCGAUCAGGAAGUGGGGAAGGAAAGUGGACUUUACUACUGUGAUUGCAAACCGAGAAAAGUCCUGAAAAGAGCACGUAAUCAGGAUGAGGCUCAAAAACUCUGGAAGUGCAGUUGGGAUGCAGUUGGUCUAUCCAGAGAUUAUAAUCCUUUUGUAAAGGGUUGAUGCGAGACGCAACAAUUGAAUAAAAUACGUCUCAGUGUAAUCCGAAACAAAUCCGUCAGCAAAGUAGGGAACCAAAGUGACUGUUAUAU